GUUUAACAUCCAGCUCACAGAAUUCCUGAAAAUUUAGCAAGUGGCUCUUGAAAGUAAAUAUGAAUUGGCUCAGCACACUGCUGCUUGAAAUAACUCAACGACUUGUUAAGAGGACUGUAUUCAGAUUUAAAUAUAAAUCUGUUUGCUGUGAUUCCAUUAUAUGCUGAACAGUGCUGAGGAAAUUUGCAUACAUUAUCUUAUUCUCAGAACUCUAUAAAAUAGAUACCAUCACCAUUUUUUUUUUAAUUACUGUAUUCAAAGUCAGGCAUCUAGAAUAUGACAAAACUUAAGAUGUGAGCCCAGGUCAGUGCUCUUUCUACUCACUGCCUUCUGAAACUUAGAGUAUAAAUAAGACAGGAGCAAGAAAAAGGGUAACUGGCACUUAAUUCCUCCAUUUUCCUGAAGUUACUUAGCCCACUCCCACACCUGCUCCACCAUGAACCCAUAAAUUCUGUGCCUCUUUAGACAAAGGGAGUGUCAGUAAUUCUUAAUAACAUUACCAUGGUUACCAAACACAGAGUCCAGUGCUCCAGCCUGGACGUUCCAGAAGAGGACAGGGAGGAGCUGAGAUGUCCUUCUUCAACUUAUGUCUACUGGGAUAUCAAAAUUCUUUUCGGCAAAAGAAAAGGGACAGAACUGAAGAAACAAACCAGAAGGAACUGUUGCCCACUAGACUUCCUCCGAUUACCUCAGAAGAUGAGAAUUAUUCUGUGCACCAGAAUAGCCAUACGAGGUACCAUGAAGCUGUACAAAAGGUCUUGUUAAAGACAUUCCCCAAUCAGGUCUUCCGAGUCCCCUUGACUGAUGCUCAGAACUUCAGCUUCUGGAGGUCCCACGAUCCAGGAGUGCGCCCAGAGGAAACCAUGCCAUGGAUCCGGGGCCCUCGCCACUGCCUCAUCAAAAGCCCAAUGACCAGAUUUAUGGAUCACUCUAUUCUCAAUGACAGAAACUUCAGUCUGUAUUGAGCAGGAUGUGUUUGCAAAAGGACAAGAUGGACUGGAAGGAGGGCAAAGAAGGGAAAAGAGGAAGGUAUCCUGGUUCUGAUGGAUGACUAAUGGGAGGAGGGGAUUGAGGAAGCAGAGUAAACAGAUUGGACUAGAA